GAAUAAAUAAAUGUGGCCCACUGGAAAAAAUACAUUACAGCUAUCGAUUAUUUAUAUCUUAGUACUAUCUUGUAGUAUAUUUUAUACCAUACCUAUUCAUUAUAGUUUGGGAUCUGACACUCAUCUUCUUUGGCCUAUAUCAAUUUUAGAAAAUCGCCGUCUAAAGAAUUUGUCUUGCGGUUUGCUUUCAAGAUGGGUGACAAACUUUUCUGAUUUCAAACUUUUCGCCAAUUUUUGUCACUUUUCACCAUGAAACGAGUGAGAGCGGAUCAUGUACAGAAUACCGUUGGACAGUAUCUCAAGAGAAGACACUACAGCGCUACGGACCCAGAGCAAGGAUCUACAAUAAACAAGCGUGAAGUAAAGUUGAAGCAGAGUGUAAAAGAAAUGGCCCUUCAUGGAACGCUACAGGGAGAAGGUAGUGUGAGCAACUUCAUCUCGUAUAGCAAUAUCUCGGGUGAUGUGACCGCUUGUGAUCAGCAAUAUGUCAGAUUGAAGAACUUCAUCAACGAUGCUGUCUCACCAAUCAAGGGAGAGUUGUAUGAGGUGUUGUAUCCUGUGUUUGUCCACAUUUAUCUUGAGCUGAUCUGCAAUGGACAUAAAACUCCUGCACAUCGAUUCUUCAGCCGUUACAAUGCCAUGUUCUCUAACGGUCCCGAGAAGAUGAGAAUCCUCGAGUCUCUGAAGCAGGUUUACACCAAGGAAGAUGUUAUGAACAACCAGAUUAUUACUGCAUUUAGAGAGCAUCGGUUUUCCCUGCCACUGAGUCCCGAAGCCACCCAGUAUCUGUUCCGCUAUCUGAAGGGAGAAGAUAACAUGGUGCUCUUACAGAUCUUCAACCAACAUAUACAGGUCAAAGACAACAACAACUGCCAUGUUGAAUUCCAAGAUGGAGGAUACAAACUCGAUGCCUCACAAUUAACGAGUAGUUCCACAACAGAGAACAAGGUGUCAUCACUUACAUCACUGAAGAAGAGUAUACACCGUGUACAGAAUGGUCCACCGUGCCUCUCAUCCAUAUCAUUUUAUACCUUUAUCAAUACUUAUCAGGGUCUCUCCUCAUGUACUAUUUCACCGGAUAAGAAAGUCCUGUGCGGAGGUUUUGAGGAAUCAUGUAUCAAGUUAUGGAGCCUUACACCACAGUUGUUCAGCUCCCGAGCGACGAUGGUCGAUGUUGCUCAGAUCCAUCUCAGUGGUGACUACCUGGAGGAAGAGACGAAGAAAAGUCAUUAUGAAGAAAUGGUGAAGAUGUCUGGUCAUAGUGGCGCUGUUUAUAAGACAUGCUUCACCAACGAUAGUCGCUAUUUAUUAUCCUGUUCAGAAGAUACAACAAUACGAUUAUGGAGUAUGGAUACCCACACCAACAUAGUGAAAUACAGUGGCCAUAAUUACCCUGUGUGGGAUAUUGCAAUAAGUGAUCUUGGCUGCUAUUUCGCCAGUGGCUCUCAAGACAAGACGGUGCGGUUAUGGACGACAGAUCGGGUGUUUCCACUCAAAACUUUAGUGGGUCACACACUUGAUGUUGAUUGUGUGCAAUUCCAUCCAAACGGCAGCUACAUCGCCUCUGGGGGCGGUGACAAAACAGUGAGAUUAUGGAGCGUGCAGACCGGACGGACGGUCCGCUUAUUACAAGGACAUCGUGCAAGCGUCUUGGCGCUCGCUUUCUCACCAAAUGGCCGCUAUCUCGCGUCGGCAGGUGAAGACCGCCGCAUCCGGUUAUGGGACAUAGCAUCCGGAUCACUUCUCAAGGAAUUAAAAGGUCAUACGGAUACGAUUCAUAGUUUGUGUUUCAAUCAGGACAGCUCGAUGCUUGCCUCGGGUGGAUUAGACUGUGUUCUACGUAUAUGGGAUGUGAAGAAGGGAAUCAACAGUAACGUGCUGUCAGGGUCAAUGUCUUCCUUAUCCAGCUCAGACGGUCACACAUCCUCGGAGCUCCUCGGUGCAUUUCCGACCAAGUCAACCACCGUUCAGUACAUGGAGUAUACCAAGAAUAAUCUAUUGCUGGCAGCCGGAGCAAUACAGUCGUGAUUGUCAUUGAGGACGAGGAGUUUGCUCUGUUAGUCAGAUUACUGUACUGCCUCGGGCUGGAGAUUUUACAGCUGCUUGUCAUCUUGAUGUGCCAACCAGCGAGAGACUUUCUGAAUUUCAAGGCAAUAUGGCUGGCCUCAUGCAUGCCCUCGUGCAUGAAUGUAUGGUAUCCUUUAUUGAAAUACCCUGUAAACAACAUCAGGAGAAACAUGUCAGGCUGUGAGGUCAGUUCACAUCGACAGAGGGUUUGAACAAAGCCAUGUUGAAGAAUGUCAUGUAGUAUUAGUUUAUGUGCCUGCUGAACAUCUGGAGACAGAUCAUCAACUCUUCAAGUUGAAGAAUAAAACACAGCACAUAAGUCAUGUUAGGUUCUCCUUUACUAGUUAUACUUGAGACCUUGUACAAGUGCUAUGUAUCCCGAUACGAUCAGGAGUGUCAUU